CACACGUUCAGAAGGGGAGGGAUUUUCCUCAGAUUGAGUAGAAGAAGGCUCUCUCUCCGAGUGUGCGCUCAGAGUAAAACCCUCUGCAUGAGUCACUGAGACUUAGAACUGCUCUUCAUUUCCACUCAGUCCUCUGAGAUGAUCUGCAGCACCAACAACAACGUACAUCUGACGAUUUCUGCACAACUUUAAUCAUCAUCUUCCCGAGUUCGAGACCAGACCAGUUGUGUCACCAGUUUGAGAGCGUCUUUUUUCGGCGAUUUUUACAAAUACAAAGAUGCCUGAGGACGUCGGGACAGCCAAGCCCGGUGGAGUUAUUGCCUACAUUUCCUCCGGCUCUGCUUCCAGCCCUGACUCUUUCAUGAGCACCAGUCCCAACAAUGGGAGCUACCUUUCCACAUCUGCUCCUGUGAGCCGCCCCUCGCUGCCCAGCCGGGCCGUGGGCAUGGUUGUGGACAUUGCUCCACCAGCCAAGAUCGGCCAUCAGCGCAGCCAUGGUGUGGAGAAAGCCGGCCGCUCCUCAACGUCUGCAAAGAGCAGCAUCACCAAAAUCAACGGCAUGGUGUUGCUGUGCAAGGUGUGUGGUGAUGUGGCCUCGGGCUUCCAUUAUGGCGUUCACGCCUGUGAAGGCUGCAAGGGAUUCUUCAGGAGAAGCAUCCAGCAAAACAUUCAGUACAAGAAGUGUCUUAAGAUGGAGAACUGCACCAUCAUGAGGAUCAACAGGAACCGUUGCCAGCAGUGUCGCUUCAAGAAAUGCCUGGCUGUGGGCAUGUCCAGAGAUGCUGUCAGAUUUGGCCGCAUUCCAAAAAGGGAAAAGCAGAGGAUGCUGCUGGAAAUGCAGAACGCCAUGAACAAUAUGAUGAGCAGCAACAGUCAACUUCACAGCAUGCUGAAUGGCCACCAGAGCCCACCACCUCUGCCCAUGGACACCCUUAGCAAUGACACCAGCCCUUCACCCUCCUCGUCUUCUGCCCCCGACUCUCCGUCCAGCUCCAGCCCCUCCUCGCCGCAGUGCCCCCAGGACUCGGAGUCAGUGAUGUCCAUGGACAUCAACUCCAGCUCUGCCUCGUCGUGCUCCUCGGACAGCGGCGAAGACGAGGCCAUCGUCCCUACAAGCCCACAGUGCCAGCGCGCUUCAGUGUUUGGCCAGCAGAGGUCGCAGAGGCAGGGCCAGGUGUCGCCUUCGGAGGUUGCUGUCGCCCUGGACGCCGGAUGCGAAGGUCGCAUCGAAGAGCAGCAGGACACCUGGAAGUUGUCAAACAAAAACCGAGGUUACCAGCAGAGUCCCUACUCUCACAGCCAGCACGUUACCAAUGCUGUGUACAAUGAGGAGAGGAUGGUCUACCACCACCACCACCACCAGCAGCAGCAGCAGCAGCUCAACAGUGCCCCCAGCUGUGAGCCAUCAGAAAGCACCCAAAGGUGGCACAGAUACAAUGCUCAAAUCCCCUCAAAUGGUUACAAUGGACCAGUCUGUGCAAACAACAGAGCUCACUUGGUGUGUCCAAUGAGCACAACACCUUACGUGGACCCCCGCAAGUCCAGCCAGGAGAUCUGGGAAGAAUUUUCCAUGAGCUUCACUCCCGCUGUGCGGGAAGUGGUCGAGUUCGCUAAGAAGAUUCCUGGUUUCCGUGACCUCCCUGAGCAUGACCAAGUCAGCCUCCUAAAGGCCGGAACCUUCGAGGUCCUCAUGGUUCGAUUUGCCUCACUGUUUAACAUAAUGGAGAGAACAGUGACAUUUCUGAGCGGAAAGCGCUACAGCUUGGACACGUUGCGCUCCCUCGGUGCUGGCGAGCUGCUCAACUCCAUGUGCGAGUUCAGUGAGAAGCUGGCCGCACUGCGCCUGGACGCUGAUGAGAUGAGCCUCUUCACAGCUGUGGUGCUGGUGUCUGCUGAUCGCUCAGGAAUCCAAGACCUGAACUCCGUGGAGGCGCUGCAGGACAAACUGAUCCGGGCCCUGCGAAACAUCGUCAUGCGGAAUCAUGGCGAUGAGGCAGCCACCACCUUCACCAAGCUACUCCUCAAGCUUCCUGAGCUGCGUUCGCUCAACAACAUGCACUCAGAAGAACUGCUCUCUUUCAAAGUGCAUGCUUGAACAUCUUAACCAGGAUCUAACUCUUGGCCCCAUAUACACCACCACCACCACCACAACCUCCACCACCUCGCUGUCUGAAUUCCACCAACCCCAACGUGUGUUUGUUUCAAGAAUGUAUUCAGAAUGUCUUUUUAAAAAAAACAAAACAACCACAAGGGGGUUUUCUGUAUAGAAAAGAACUUUAAAUAAGUACUGUAUUUAAAUUUAUAUGAAAAAAAAACAUAAGCUUGUUGCACACAAACAGUGGGAGUCACUAUUAUGUUUUAGAGAGAGACUUUGCCUUUAAAGCCCAACUAUAAGAAUUACUGAGUCGAUGGUUCAUUUUCCAGGUCUAAUGUUAAAGGAUGUUUCAGUCACAGUGUUGAGCUGAUGUUUCCAUAACAAUGGCAUUUACACUUGAGUUACGUGGUGGAGCUGUUGUCUUGCUUCUUCACCUCAUCUUUUGACGUGCAGUAAAAUCAUCAAAAGCAUUGAAAAAUGGCGGCACCUAAACUUUAGGCCUUUGCUUUAAAUAAACAGUAUAUACAGUAAAAUCCUAGGGCUGUAAAAAGAUUUUUUUAUAUAUAUAAAAUACAAUGAUUGCCAACAUCAUCCCAAAAGUUAGACACUGGACCUAUCGAAAAGUAUAAACAUAUUUUGUCGAGAAUUCAGAUUUAACCGCUCGAGUCAUUUAAUUUCAAAAGUGUAGUAUGUGAUGAAUGGGACCUAUGUCUAUGUAUGUGUAUGUGUGUGUGUGUGUGCGUAGUCCAGCAUUCUGACUGAGAUGCAACGGCAGAGAAAAGGCAAUCUAUCAAACAAAUACGCGUUCGAAUGUGUAACAAUGCACAGUUAUACUUCCCACACAAAUGAAAAAUGUUGCCACAUUUUUCCAACCCUGACCGAGCAAACCUGACUGGUCUAACAUAAGAUGAGAAGACCACAGAUGGGCAUGGUUUGUCUUGUACUGUGGCCUACGAUGUAAAGCGCUACUGGUGAAAACUUUUUGCGGUCCACCAGACCAGUUUUGCUGCGUGGGUUCAUGCUAAAUGUUUUGCGGCUUUCUCUGAUCUCCUCCCCAUUUGCCUCUGAAAGCAUCAGCUCACUAUUUCCUGUGUGUAUAAUGUUGUAUAUAUUUUUUUAACGUGUUUAUGCCUGUUCACAUGCUUUGUAGCUUCUGUGGAGUUGAUCAUUUUAACAACACUACUUUCGCACUGCUCUGGAGCAGUCAACCCAAGAUAAUACACAUUACAAAGAAGAUCUAUAGAAAAUACCCUGAUGCAGCAUCAUUGUAAAGAUUUGUGUAUAUUUAAUCGAACCAGUUUCUUUUUGUUCCCUUUCAAUAUUUGCUUUUUAUGCUACAUUUUUGUUUCAUGUUUAAGUUGACUUUGUGUGCUUUCUGCAUAGCACUGAACUUGAUUUGGUGUUUUUUCUUUUGUUUUGUUUUUUGAAUAUCUGCUUCUCUACUGGCAAAACCGCCAACUGUAAAUAUCUAUAUAAAAUAUAUAAAUAUAUAAAUAUAUAUAAAUAUCUGAUGAACAUAGUAUAUAAAAUGUUAUAGUAUGAAUAAAUUCAAGUGAAGAUAA